GCCUCUUCAAAUGGUUAUUUGCAGUUAUUGCAGAUAGAGCCAUUUGCAGCUCACUUGUACACAAAUGCAGGCCUCCAAAUUUUGUGUGCACAUUUAAAACAAUCUAUGGAAACAUGCCUCUACCUUGAUGCCACAGGUGGAGUGGUGCAGAAGCUCCCCAACCAGUCUAAGAGAGUACUUUACUAUGCCCUGGUCCUGCCGGGUGCGGGCAAGGACAAGCCACCUCUUCCUGUGGCAGAACUUGUCACCAACAGCCACACAGUGCCCUCAAUAUCUCAUUGGCUGAUGGAGUUUUUCAGGAGAAUGCGUCAAAUGACAGGGAGGAGAGUAGCCCAGAUGGAAACCGAUUACAGUUGGGCCCUGAUCAAUAGUGUUCUUCUGGCCUGCAACCAUGAGGACAUCUCUGGCUAUCUCGACAGAACAUUUUCAAUUGUGAUUGGUACAGGGAAACAGACCCCUUUCAUUGUGCUCCAUUUGUGCUCUGCGCACAUACUGAAGGCAGUGUCACAAUCAUUUGGGAGACAAACAUCGGACAAAGGCUUAAAGGAGUAUGCCACAUACUGCUUUGCUUUCUUGUUAAAUUGCACUACAAUGCAAGAGGCCCUUGAGGUCUUCUACCACAUGGCUGUAUGUUUUUGUGCAGAGCAACUCACAGAGUCAGUCCACAACAGCAAGCAGUACCUCGACCACUGCAUUUUGAAAUGUGAAGACCUGUCUUUUGAAGACAUGUACGAAACAGAGGAGAAGAGGACAAGGAAUUCCAGUGACCCCAACAAGGGCAUUCUGGCUAGGUCACCAUUUACUGCGGUUUUUGCUCAAAGAAGGGAGCAAGCAAAAUGUGAUGUAAUGUGUGAUCAAGCAGUAGAUGAAGACAACCAUUACCACUGCCCUGGGAUCAUUGAUGUCUUGUUAAAGACCUACAUGGGAAUUUUUAGCUUGUGGAGUGGUGUACUCCUUGGUGACCUUUCACGGCACAUAGAUGGAACCACCAUAGGAACAGGGCCAUACAAAACAAGGGACACCAACUGCCAUGCUGAGCUCUGGUUUGGAUUAGUCAAACAUCGCAUCCUUGGCAAGAAGACACACCUCAGACCUGCUGAGUUCAUUUCGAAAAUGUUCACCUCAGUGCAGGGAAGAUAUGUCGAGCAUUUAAUGCAACACAGCCUGCCAAUGGAGAUACUUGGUGGAAACCUCAGAAGCUGUCUGAAGUCAGAGGAUGACCCAGAAGAACAGUGGUCCAAGCGGGCCACCUCCUCUGGAAGCUCGAAGAGGAAAUCCAAGUAUUUCAAUCCACCAACACAACUUCCUAAGCCAAAGGGCAAGACAGUACCAAACAGGAAGGUAAAAGUCGAGCCAAAAGAGGUUGAAGACUCUCAGCUUGAUGUGUUGUGGAAGAAGAGGCCGACAGAGGUGGUUGUGUCAGUGCUCCCAUCGCAGAUUAAGGGUCGAAGCAUAUUCGUACACCAUAGUGAGUUGUGUUCAUUGAAACCACAUCAGUGGUUGACGGGCGAGAUUAUUCAGGCACUGAUGCACAUCAAUGCUUUCGCAUUGAAUGUGGCUGACAGAAUUUAUCUAAUGGACCACUACACUGCUGGAGUAAUUCUGACUGGGGACAGGGCGUCUGUACGCCGCCAAAGUUUACCGAAGGUAAACUUUGACAACUAUGAAGCCAUUAUAUCAUUCAUCCACGUCAGAAAUAACCACUGGAACGCACUGUACAUACAUGCAAAUUCUGCCAGAGUUUUUGUGUGCGACCCAUCACCAGCAUCCAAUGAACACAAGGACUCAUGUGUUGCUGCCCAGAGAAUACGCGAAUACUUAAAAAUGAGGAGAGCCUGCCACGGCAAUACCGACUGGGUGGACAUCCCUUGGAAAGGUGCUGUCAUGGCUCACCCAGUUCAGCAGGAUGGGUGCAGUUGUGGUGUCAUUGUUAUAAAAAUGGCCAUAGCAGUGAUGGAAGCUUUCCCAGACGUUCCGACAAUACAAUUCGACACAACAAAGAGAGCCAUGGCAGAAGCGAGAAGAUUUAUGGCUCUCCAAGUCCUCAAAGCGUCAGUCUUUGAAAAUGAAUGCGGCAUGUGUGGAACGGACAAGGCCCCUGGGAACGCGGCUUCUUACACAGACUGGAUCCAGUGCGACGCAUGUGACCGUUGGUUUCAUGCUCUUUGUCUCAACAUGGUGAAGGCAACAUUGGACAGCUUAAAAAAACAAAAAUGGCUUUGUGUUUUGUGUGAAUAAAUGUGUGUUGUGCUUUAGUGGUACCAUGUGGUUUAAACAUGUUGCAACGUUUGUCACUUUGUGUGAAACAUAUUGACAGAUUGGGUCAUGUG